CCUUCCGCCGGCCAUUGGCCGGCUCCAUCAGCUCUUUCCGCAAUAGUGGCCGCGGGCCGGGCCUCGUAGCCCGUCAACGUUGGCGGGAAAGCUGCGGCGGCAGCGGAGUCGAAUGGCGGCAGACUCUUCGUUGUCCGUCCGGGGCCCAGCGGCCGUAAGGCUGCCGCGUGCGCCGCCCCUUAAGGUACUGGCGGAGCAGCUGCGACAGGACGCGGAAGGCGUGCCGGGCGCUUGGCGGCUGCUGCGGGCCGGCCGCGAGCCGCUGGAGCUGGCGGCUGUGUGGAUGCAGGGCACGGUGGUGGAGGCGGGCGGCGGCGAGGCGCGGCUGCGGGACCCGAGCGGGUCCUUCGAGGUGCGCGGCCUGGAGCGGGUACCGCGCGGGCGGCCCUGCCUCGCGCCAGGCAAGUACGUGAUGGUUAUGGGAGUGGUUCAGUCGUGCAGCCCUGAGCCGUGCCUUCAGGCUGUGAAGAUGACAGAUCUUUCUGAUAACCCCAUCCAUGAAAGCAUGUGGGAACUGGAAGUAGAAGACUUACACAGGAACGUUCCUUAGACGAUGCUGGAACAGUAGUUAAAGCGGACAUGGAAAGCCUGGAGCUGUUGAGCUUCUUAUGCCAUGUGGACUUCAUCCACCUCGUUCAGUGUCUGUUUCUCCACAGUUUCUCAGAGAGCUUUGGUUGAUCAAGGAGUCUGGAUGUAGGAAUUUUUUAUGCGAGGAUACUUAACUCAGCCUGCGCUGCCCCUUGCCUUGAAUAUGUUUGCUGAUGAAAAGCAGAUGUUGUGUUAUAUUUUGGGAGGGAGGGGUUUGUGUGUGUUAAUUCUUUCUCUAAAGCACACAGAAAUCUCAUGUUAUGUUUUCCAGAUUUAACAAGCGAUGAUACUUUUUCCAUUACUCCUGCCACCCUGUUUUUACGAUGCAAAAUUUUGAAUCUUGGUCAUUGCCCGAGGUGAUGGUACCAGGCAGGAAAACAGCCUGCGUCAGAAAGGACUGACAUCAUGCCCAUGUCUUCUCCAUCCACGGCCUCCAUACCUGUCUGCAAGUCAAAUGGCAUUUUCCAACUGCAGGGCACAGCGGCCCUCCCUGACACACGGCCCACCUCGCUUCCACCAUAGACACCACUCAGCCAGUUAAUGUCCAUUUCCCCGUAGAUGUGGAUACCUGCCUGGCCCCCUUCACUUAGAGAGGUUGAACUGUGCUCAAAAUUUGUAACAUGAAGGAGGAUCUAGAGUGGAAUGAAGAUCACGAUUGUGAACCGCUUUCAGGCCCUAUCUAAACUUCUGCCUCAUCACCUUUAGUGAGAAACCACACAGCCCCCUGCUCCCGGAUUCUGACAUCUUUUUGCUUGGAACGACUUUUCGUUUUGCUUGUACCGAAUGUUGGUUUUCUGCUCUUUGCUUACUGCCCAUGCCUCGUUUUUAUUUAUAUUGUAAACAUUAAAGGGGUCACGUUCCAGCAUAACGGUAGACUUUGGUAGCAUCGCAAAUUUAUAGUAUCAUGAUAAACAGAAGUAAAUAAUUUUAAUAUAGCUAGAUGUGUUUGUUUUUUCUGGCUUGUAUUUUUUGUUGUUGUCUAUUAUUCUUUUUUUAUUGUUGAAAGUAUACAUAGUAGAACAUACACCGAUUUGACAAUUUCUACAUGUACAGUUCAGUGACAUUAAUCACAUUCUUCAAGUUGUGCAGCCAUUCUUACCCUCCUUUUCUGAACUGUUCCUCCACCAUUAACAUAAACUCACUGCCCCCUAAGCUUCCUAUCUGACCUUUGUAUGCUGUUGUCAUUUUGAUCUCAUAUAGAUAGUUCCUCAGAAGAGCAUAAUGCCCAAGGCAGGCAUUCUUUACUAAUUAAGCUAAACUAUUAUUUGGUUUAAAGAAAAUUCAGGGGAUAUUUUUAGGUUUAAAGAUCUCAGGGCAGUAGUUUCAGGGGUUCAUCCAGGCUCAAUGACUCCAGAAAGUCUGGAUUCUCGUGGAACGAUUUUUGAUGUGCCUGUACUGGAUGUUGGGUUUCUGCUGUCUGCGUGCUGCCCGUGCCUCAUUUUUCUUUAGAUGCAGACAUUAGAACGGAGUCGUGUUCUAGCAUUCCUGUAGGGUUUGGUGGCAUUUCAUAUUUUAUGGUGUCAUGAUAAAAGUUUUUGUAUUUUUUUUGUGUCUUACAUUUUUGCAUGUUCUCAGUAAUAAAUAUUUUUAGAUACUGUUUAUUUUUAAACGAUAGAAAUUUUCUUUUAAAGGCGGGCAAAUUGGGAAGUAUGUAUUGCUUUUAUUAUGGAUCUGAGCUUGUUGGAAGUUUGGAGCUUGUUCCAAGUUGUUUUGCAUUUACAGUUUGGGGUUUUUCAGGCCGUACUGCUGAGCUUUAACGGGGAGCUUUGCAGCCCCACAGACCUGAAUUUGAGCCUUUCAUCUGUCACUAAACUUGCUUUGUGACCACAACGAAGUUACCUAACCUCUCUGAGAUUAUACCCUGCUCAUAGCACUUGUGUGAGGGAAAAAUGAAGACUCGUGUAAGUCACUUUUACAUAGUAUCUGGCACGUGGUAGGCACCAAAUCAUUGUUGCUGGGAGGAGGAGUUAACAUCUUGCUUAGAUUUUUCAGUUGCCUUAAAAAAAAAUGUGUGUUUUAGAACAGUUUUAAAUUUGUAGAAGAGUUGCAAAGAUUAUACAGAGAGUUCCCAUACACCCCCCACCCAGUUUCCCCUAUCAUUAGCAUCUUAUAUUAACCUGGUACGUUUGUUACAGCUAAUAAACCAACAUUGAUGUGUUACUAUUAA